AUGACCGAAACUGCUGCUGAAAAGGCAGCUCGCGAGGCCGCGGCCGAAAAAGCGGCUCGUGCUGCUAAAGUGAAGAAAGAAGCACUCGGACGAGAGAAGCGUGUUCUCGUACGCUCUAUCUCUAUCUCGUUUAAUGAUGUGGCGAAUUAUAUCGAACAUACGCCAUCGAAGGAAGCAGUCAACACAAUCGCUGCAAAUCUUGAUUCUAUUCAAGGUAUGUUGGAAAAGCUAUCCAAAAUUGAUUCGCAACUUAUGGAUUUUAUUGAUCAAGCUCAGUUGACGGAUGACAUUGUAGCCGAAGAAGCUGAGAUAUGUGAUGAUUAUAUGAAGUAUUUUCGUUUAUUUAAUACGUCGAUGGGAAAGUUGAAAACCAUACAGGAAUCGUUAGAUCCUGCUGCACGUUCGAGUCGCCGUUCAAUGUUUUCAAGCACGUUUUUAGACGCAACGUUAUCGAAUCCUAUGGUAAAGUUACAAGAUGUUCCUGUACCCCAGUUUGAUGGUACGUACGCUAGUUUUCCCGAUUGGUACGCUGAGUUUUCAUCCAUUGUCGAUAAGAACGAGAAUUUCGAUUCGUUUCAAAAGAUGUAUUUACUUCGUCGUGCUAUGGGAGAAGGUGCAAAAGAUAUCCUAAAAGAUAUGGGCACUGAAGGCCAUUUAUAUGAGCCUACAUUUAAAGACCUUUAUAAGACCUAUUAUAAUAGGCGAAGAAUAAUUGCUGAGCACUUUGCUAAUUUGAUCGAUAUGCCGCCAAUUAAGGGCAAUAAUAUACGUGAGUCAGUAAACAAAGUCAAACGAGUCAUCCGUGGUUUGAAUGUAUGUGACUUGAAUGUUGAUGCGAUGUCACCGUUAAUCGCCUUUAUUGUUUCGAGAAAAAUCCCAGAAAAACUCAAAAUGGACUGGGACACGUCAAAUCAUGAUUACUCUGUUUAUCCCUCGUUCGAAUCGCUCGCAACGUUCCUAUUGAAUCGAAGUUUUUCGUACGAGACCAAUGUGGCUUCUUCAAACGAGUCAAAAAAUAAGUCGUCGGUUCCUGUCACCAGUACAGUGCCUGGAAAAAAUGCUGGAAAAAGUAAUUCGUCGUCGAAGUCGUCGUUAGCUGUCAGUUCGCCUAAAGGAUCAUCAGUUAAUUUUCCAAAAUGUGUAGUGUGUUCGAAAUACCAUUUUUUGGACCAAUGUGAUGUAUUUAUUGGUAAAUCUGCAUUAGAACGUUUCGAUAUUAUUAAAGGUAAUAAAUUAUGCAUUAAAUGUUUCAAGCCGAAUCAUUCGGUGAGUAAUUGUACGCGACCAAAUUGUAAAUCGUGUGAUGGUAAACACCAUAAUUUAUUACAUCGUGAAAAAACAACGAACGAAAAGCCAGAUAAUUCGGAUACUCAAGGUACGUCAAAUGAGCCACCUAAGAGUAGUUUGUGUGCUUUAGGAUCUUCGAAAUCUGUGUUUCUUAGCACUGCGAUUGUGAAAGUUAGUGAUGGUUAUUCUAGUGAGUAUGCUAGGGUUUUGUUUGAUCAAGGAUCUGAGGUAUCUUUGAUUACUCGUGAGUUUUGUGAUCGAGCUAAAUUGAAAAUGAUAAACAAUCCCUCGCCUACUUCGUUGAUUGGUAUCAAUGAAAAGCCUAUCGAAUUGAAUAAAGUUGUGAAGUGCGUUUUAAGUAGUCGAUUUAAUGAUUUUCAUAUCGCUAUUGAUGCCGAGGUGAUUCCUCGAAUUCCUUAUUCAGUGAAUAAACAGGAUAUUAAAGAAGUCAUUAGUAAUUUUCCUCAUAAUUUCGGUGAAGAUUUCAACCUGCCUCAUGAUUCUGUUGAUAUUUUACUCGGAAGCGAGUAUGUCGAGUUUGUGAUGGCAGAAAAGCGUUUUUUUGUUGAAGGUUUAUGUUUGAGGGAGUCAAAGUUCGGUUUCGUUGUCUCUGGGUCGAGAAAAGCUUCGUUUUGUGCUAGUAAAAUGUCGUUCUGUGGUCUAUCGAAUGUAGAGUUGUCUAAUCAACUUGAUCGCUUUUUUUCGGUUGAAGAAAUUCAGGAGUCUGAAUUGAAUGAAAAGGUCUUAGAUCAUGAGUUGAUUGAGAAACAUUUUAAUGACACUUAUCAAAUUGAUGAAGAAUCUGGAAAAUUCGUUAUUCGUUUACCGUUGAAAGAAAGUGUCAAGUGUUUGAAUGGAUCUUAUGAUAAAGUUCGAAAAAUGUUUUUGAGGUCUGAGUCUCAUCGUUCUGAGAGUAAGCACAAUUCGUACAAGGAUGUAUUCGAAGAGUAUUUGAAAUUAGGUCAUAUGUCCGAAGUAAAUGAACCUAAUGUCGAUGGUUAUUUUAUCCCUCAUCAUCUUGUAUCAAAAAUAACUACCAAUGGUGUUAGUAAUCGAGUCGUAUUCAAUGCUUCAUUUUGCGAUGCCUCUGGAACAUCGCUAAAUAAUCAUUUACUCGAAGGUCCAGUUAUUCAGCCAAAACUGAAUACCAAUAUUAAUCAAUUUCGGUCGAAUUUAGUAGCUUUUUCUACUGAUAUUUACAGAAUGUAUCGAUGUAUUUUAAUACAUAAGGAUGAUCGAAUGUAUCAACAGAUUUUUUUUCGUUUUGAUCGUAAUGGUUCUUUAUUGGUUUUCGUUUUAAAUACCUUAACUAACGGUAUUGGUCCAGCUUCGUAUUUAGCGACGAAAUGUCUGGAAAAAAUUGGUAUGUCGAUUUUAUCAUCUGAUCCUGAAGUGGCUAAUAUUAUUUUGAAAUCCUUUUAUAUGGAUAAUGGUACAAUUGCGGUGAAAAGUGUUGAACAGGCCAUUGCAAUACAACAUCGAUUGCACGAUGUUUUACUUAAGCAUGGAUUUCGUUUGACUAAGUAUCAAAGCAACUCUAAGGAGUUCCUUAAUUCGUUGGAUCCGUCUUUGAUCGAACCUCUAGCUACGAAGGUAAUCGGCGGAGAUGAGUUUGUAAGUUUAUUAGGGUUAGUAUGGUAUACUGAUAAGGAUGAGUUUGGAAUACUAAUAAAAUCAAGCGAAAUUCCAGUUAUUGCGACCAAACGUAUCAUUUUGUCGGAGAUUUCCAAGGUGUUCGAUAUUCUAGGAAUUCUUACUCCCGUUACAAUUCGUGGCAAAUUACUCAUGCAGUCAGUUUGGCGUGAAGGUCGUAAAUGGGAUGAGGAAGUGUCUUAUGAAUUAUUUGUCGAAUUUUCGGAGUACUUGAAGGAUUUAAUUUUGUUAUCAGAAUUUCGGAUACCUAGGUGCUAUUUUUCGAGCUCAUUCGUUGUUCAAACUCAAUUAGUUGGAUUUUGUGAUGCUUCGCUAAGUGCAUAUUGUGCUGUCGUAUAUAUUCGUUCUAUUGAUAAUGAAGGAAAUAUUGUAUCUACGUUUGUAAUGUCAAAGUCUCGUAUCGCUCCGAUUAAAGCUUCCAAGUCGAAUAUACAUCGUUUAGAGUUAGCAAGUGCUGAAUUAUUAGCCAAAUUGAUUCGAGAAAUUAGUGAUGAUUUGAAAGUUGAUGAGAUUUUUUGUUUCAGUGAUUCGAUGGUAACGUUAGGUUGGUUGCAUAUUGAUCCUAGUCGUUUGAAGGUAUUCGUGUCUAACCGUGUUGUAAACGUAUCUAAAUUAACAGAUAUUAAUCGUUGGUUUUAUGUUGAAAGUUUGUCAAAUCCUGCAGAUUUAGGUACUCGAGGUAUUCCAUCGAGAAAGUUGUUGAAUUGUUCGCUUUGGAAAAUCGGACCUAGUUGGUUAAUUUCUGAAGAGUUCCUUCAGCAUGUUCAGUUUCAACUUGAUAAUGAAAGGGAAUUACCUGAGUUAAAAGAGAACACAUCCUUGAUUAUAUGGUACGUGAACGUGUUGAAAAGCAGAGCGAGAAUUCGUUUAGCUGGUAAUAUUCCCAAGCCAGUAUGUCGUAUUGUUGAUUUUAAGGAAGGAGAAUGGGUCAAGCUUGUUGAACCGUUAUCAGUCGAAGAGAGAGAUAUUGCCUAUUUUAGAAUUAUUCGUUACGCUCAAGUAGAACGUUUUGAAGUUGAGAUCGAGUGUCUGAAAAAAGACGAUGCGAAAUUUCCAAUUAUCUUAUCCUCGAAGUCUUCGCUUUUGUAUUUGUAUAUCGAUUUUGCGCAUCGAAAAUAUUGCCACGCUUCUGCUUCGUUUUUGUACAAUUUUGUACGUGGUAGAUUUUUCGUAAUUGGCAAUUUAGCUGCCACUAUCAAAGAAUGUUUGCACAAGUGUUUAACGUGCACUAGAGCUGUUCAUGUAGAGUUGAUAGAAGACCUCACGACCGAAGCCUUUUUGGCUACUUUCGAAAGAUUCGUUGCUCGUCGUGGUUUACCACACACAGUUUAUUCGGAUAACGCUACUAAUUUUGUAAGUGCUCGUAAUAGAUUUUUUGCCGAGAAUCGCAUCAAGUGGUUGUUGAUUUCCCCACGCAGUCCUCACCAAGGUGGGCUGUGGGAGUCCGCUAUAAAAGCUGGAAAAUCGCUCAUGGUGAAAUGUAUUGGAAGUCAAAUCUUGAACCUCUUCGAACUUAUGACUAUUUUAUCGAAAAUAGAAGCGAUUCUCAAUUCUAGGCCACUUGCCUAUGUUCGAAAAAAUGAUUUUGUUGAGCCAGUGACGCCAGGUCAUUUCUUGAUUGGUAGUAAUUUACUUGAGCCAUCUUUGAAUGUCGAUAAUAAGUCAAGUCUUCGUGAUCGUUAUAAACUUUGGAGAAAAGUCGUUGAUUCGUUUUGGAUUUGCUGGCGUCAUGAAUAUUUUAAUCAACUUCGUCAUCGAAGUAAAUGGCGUAAAGAAGGUAGGAAUAUUCGAAUUGAUGACGUCGUUUUAUUGUCAUUACCUAAUGAGUCUUCGUUGAAUUGGCCUAUGGCCAUUGUCGUUAAAGUUUACCCGGAUUGUCAUGGUACUGUAAGAAAUGCCGAUGUAAAGUUGUCUGAUAUGUCGAUUAGAAGGACUUCGGUCCAACGUCUGGUUUUAUUGCCAGUACGAGAUGAUGAAUAA